AUGGCGGCGACGGCAGCGGCCCUGUCGGGGGCGGGGCGCAGUGGCAGCGGCGCGGAGCCCCGGCAGGAGCGGAGCCGGGCCCGGGGUUGGGCCGAAGCCGAACGUAGCGAAGGCCGGAGGAUGGAGCCAGGUGAGGACCCCGAGGGAGAAGACUCUCCAGGCGGCCGGGAGGAUGGGUUCACCGCCGAGCACUUGGCUGCAGAGGCCAUGGCAGCUGACAUGGACCCCUGGCUGGUGUUUGAUGCUCGCAACACGCCCGCCACUGAGCUGGACGCCUGGUUGGCCAAAUACCCCCCAUCCCAGGUUACCCGCUAUGGGGGCCCUUGCUCACCCAACUCUGAGCCUGUGGGCUGGAUCGCAGCCUAUGGGCAGGGCUAUACCCCCAACUCUGGGGACGUGCAGGGUCUGCAGGCAGCCUGGGAGGCUCUGCAGAGCAGCGGGCGGCCCGUCACGCCCAGCACCCUGCGCCAGCUGGCCAUCACCCACCAGGUGCUGUCAGGCAAGUGGCUGAUGCACCUGACGCCUGGCUUCAAGCUGGACCACGCCUGGGCUGGCAUUGCCCGAGCCGUGGUCGAAGGCCGGCUUCAGGUGGCCAAGGUGAGCCCACGGGCCAAGGAGGGUGGACGCCAGGUCAUCUGCGUUUACACGGAUGACUUUACGGACCGCUUGGGUAUACUUGAGGCGGACACAGCCAUCCGGGCGGCGGGCAUUAAGUGCCUGCUCACCUACAAGCCAGACGUCUACACCUACCUGGGCAUCUACCGAGCCAACCGCUGGCACCUCUGCCCCACUCUCUAUGAGAGCCGUUUCCAGCUGGGAGGUGAUGCCCGCGGCUCGCGUGUGCUUGAUCGUGCCAACAACGUGGAACUGACCUAG